CUAACAAUUUCGACUAAUGGCAGCUUUUGGCGUUCAAAUGUGGGCUGAAUCAAACAGGAUUCUCUCCCUUUUCGCCACUUCUCUGUCCCCAAUUCACAUCCCUCAAAUUCAAGCUCAGCUCAUCGUUCAAAACCUCCAUUCAAAUCCCACCAUAGCCCACCAUUUCAUAAACACUUGCCAUCAUCUUCGACUUCUCGAUUCCGCUCUUCGCUUCUUUACUCAAAUCCCCAAACCCCACGUCUUCGUCUGCAAUUCCUUAAUCAGAGCCUUCUCCCACUCCAAAAUCCCCCAUACCCCUCUUUCCAUUUACGCCCACAUGAACAGAACCUCCAUUCUUCCCAAUAAUUACACCUUUCCUUUCCUUCUCAAAUCCUUGGCUGAUUUCAACCACCUUGUGAGUGGACAAUCCGUUCAUGCCCACGUUGUGAAAUUGGGCUAUGUUUCUGAUGUUUAUGUGCAGAAUUCGUUGAUGGAUGUUUAUGCGUCGUGUGGGAGAAUGGGGUUAUGCAAGAAGGUGUUCGACGAAAUGCCUCUGAGAGAUGUUGUGUCGUGGACUGUUUUGAUUAUGGGUUAUCGAGUUGCUUUGAUGUUUGAUGAUGCUUUGAUUGCUUUUGAGCAGAUGCAAUAUGCAGGUGUGGAGCCUAAUCGUGUUACGAUGGUUAAUGCAUUGGCUGCCUGUGCGAGCUUUGGAGCCAUUGAAAUGGGUGUUUGGAUACAUGCGUUUGUGAAAAGGAGAGGGUGGGAAAUGGAUGUGAUUUUGGGAACUUCUUUGAUUGAUAUGUAUGGGAAAUGUGGAAGAAUCGAAGAGGGAUUGGUUGUUUUCCAAGCCAUGAAAGACAAGAAUGUGUAUACAUGGAAUGCACUCAUUAACGGGCUGGCAUUGGCCAAAAGCGGAGAGGAGGCCAUUGCUUGGUUUAAGAGAAUGGAUGAAGGAGGAGGAGUUGAGGCAGAUGAAGUGACAUUAGUGACAGUGCUUUGUGCUUGUAGCCACUCUGGCUUGGUGGACAUCGGCAGGCAGAUCUUCGGGUCGAUGAUCGACGGUAAGUUCGGGUUUUCUCCAGGAAUCCAACACUAUUCAUGUAUGGUUGAUCUCUUGGCUCGUUCUGGUUGUAUUGAGGAGUCCUUUGAAUUGAUUAAGAAUAUGCCUUUUGACGCCACCAAAGCAAUGUGGGGGUCUUUGCUAGCUGGUAGCAGAGCACAAGGGAGCUUGGAAAUUAGCGAAUUUGCAGCACGGAAGCUUGUAGAAAUGGAACCAGAGAAUGGUGCUUAUUAUGCUGUUUUAUCCAAUAUCUGUGCAGAGAUGGGGAAAUGGAAUGAGGUUGAGAAAGUGAGAGAGAUCAUGAAAGUGGAAGGACUGAAGAAGGAUCUGGGGUCGAGUUCUGUUGAGAGCUUCAAGAGGCUGCCCCAUUUCCCAUGAUAUCGAGUUCCAUGCCCGCUUGUAAUGACUUUGUAAAUGCUUAAGAAGCACUUAGGAAAUCAUUCCAAGAGGGCUCAUGAUCCCCUCAUCGCCUCUGUACCUGAAACAGAUGCAUUCAGCGCGUAACCUUCUUUCCUCUAUCCUGUUUUGGUUAUGCCAUUAUCAAUCCCAGGUAACCCCUUGGUUGACUGCCUCUGACCUACUAAGAACCAUUAUUCUUAUGACCAAAUAAGGACUAGCAUACGUACUUCUCGAGUGAGAGUUUCACGAUCUCGACGAGAAACUUAUUGGACCAUUUAGACCAUCCCUGAUCUUUACUGGACUAGAUAGAGGUUAGGAGUCUUAUUAGUGUAAAAUAGUCCUUUUCUCUAGGUCGCAGGACUGAGUGGCAACGACAUG